CCACCGGGAUAUCACUGCUUUUUAACAAACAUAUUUGUGUUAGUUCAGUGGACGUUCAUGUGUUCAUUAUUAUUUUUGUUCAAGUAGAACGAGUAGCCUUAUCGUAAACGUUGUUAGCGAGGGAAAUCCAGCCCACAUAUUUAUUGCAGCCGCUGAAAAAAAUCUCUUCAAUAUCCCCAAGAUGGCCGCCGAUGUGGGAUCGAUGUUUCAAUAUUGGAAGAAAUUUAAUCUACGGCGGCUUCAGAGGGAGCUAAACUCAAUAGCGUCUGAGCUGGCGGGGCGACAGGAAGAGAGCGAGCACUCCCACAAGCACCUGGUGGAGCUGAGCCGGGAGUUCAAGAGAAAUGUUCCGGAGGAAGUCCGGGAGAUGGUGGCUCCUGUCCUCAAGUCUUUCCAAGCUCAGGUGGUCGCUCUGAACAAGCGCAGUAAGGAGGCAGAGUCGGCAUUCCUGGGAAUCUACAAGCAGCUUAUCGAAGCCCCUGACCCAGUUCCCGUUCUUGAGGCCACACACACCCUGGAGGAGAGGCUGCAGCAGCUGCAGAGUUCGGCCCCAAACAGCGAGGCCCUGGUCAGGGAGAUCAGCGGGCACUGGAAGAGACACCUGGAGUGCCUUGACAAGCCAGGAGACACAGAGGAGGACCCAGCAGCAGCAGAGUCAGGACCUGGGGAGGCAUCGAGCUGGACAGCUGGUGUGAUGACUCCAAACAGCAAACAGGCCCUCAGAGUCACAGGCUCACUUCAGCAGAACCACCAGGGCCAGAACCAGACAGAAGGGGAAGCCGAAGACACAGAUGCCACUCUGGCCGACAGACUGGGUGAGGCCGAGGAGAGGAUCAAAGUGCUGCAUUCAUCUCUGAGCACAGCCCAGACAGAUCUUCUGGACCUGCGGUGUAAAUACGACCAGGAGAAGGCCAACAAGGCGGAGGAGGUCGGUGUGAUCAUGAUGAAUCUUGAGAAGGCAAACCAGAAAGCAGAAAUGGCCCAGAGGGAGGUGGAGAGGCUAAAGGAACAACUGGCCAGUCCUCGGAGCGCCACCCCAGGGAGCUGCCAUCCACCAGAGGGCACUAGUGGGGAGAGGGGUGAUGUGUUGCCAUCCAAGCUGGAGGCUAAGCUGAUGGCUAAAGACCGAGAGAUCCUCAGGCUACUGGAAAACGUACAGAGACUACAGUUCGCACUACAGGAAGUCCAAAACAUCUCAGCCAAUCAGAUCAUUGAGCUGGAAAGUCAGCUGACCUAUAAGACAGAAGCUAUUGAGAGAUUAGAAGCUAAACUGCAAUCCCAGUUGGACUAUGAAGAGAUUAAAACAGAACUCCGUAUCUUGAAGGUAAUGAAGCUGGCCUCAAUGAAUGGUAGCUCGUCCCAGGACACUGCAGAGGCUUUUUUGCGGGACAAAGAGGCCUUUCUUCCCUCUCCCAAGUACCUGAUGGAUAAGGCCAGAAUCUUACACAACAAUGAUGAGGACCGAUCGGAGGAGUCAGGCAGGGAGUCGGACAGGGAGUGGGGCAGGCCCUCAGGGUCCUUCUCCUCAGUCUCCCAAGUGGAUGAGCGUACCUCUGCCAGCCCUGGACCCCCCACAAUGGACGUCUCCUCCUCUAGCCACGACCUCCCCCGCCCCUUCUCUGUGUCCCCCUGCUCAAGGGACAGGCUGUCUGCGGACCACGUCGUCCACAAGCAGCUCCUCUCCUCCCCACUCUUUAAGAAGGAAUCCGGCAGCCCCCUCAUGGCCUUUCCCACCGCCCUGUAUGCAGCCAAAGUCACCCUAAUGUCAGCCAAUCAGGGACCUGCAGGGGUCGGCGGCAUCGAGGCCGGCCUGCCCAGUGACCAAUCGGAAAGCGGGAGCUCCACUGCGGGUGAUGACGACCAGUUAGAGACAGCAGAGAUUGCCUUCCAGGUCAAAGAGCAGCUGCUGAAGCACAACAUUGGCCAGCGUGUGUUUGGUCACUAUGUGCUGGGCCUAUCACAGGGCUCGGUCAGUGAGAUACUGGCCCGACCCAAGCCCUGGAGGAAGCUGACAGUGAAAGGCAAGGAGCCCUUCAUCAAGAUGAAACAGUUCCUGUCUGACGAUCAGAACAUCUUGGCCCUCAGGACCAUCCAGGUCCGACAGAGAGGGAGCAUCACUCCUCGCAUCCGAACUCCUGAAACUGGGUCAGACGACGCCAUCAAAAAUAUCUUGGAGCAGGCCAAGAAGGAGAUCCAGUCCCAGAGAGGAGGUGACAUUAAGUCGUCCCUGGGCAGCCCCUCCGGCUUGAGUAGUAAUGGGGCGGGCGGCAGCUCAGACGACACCAUCAAGAACAUCCUGGAGCAGGCCAGGAGGGAGAUGCAGGCGCAGCAGCAGGCCCUGAUGGAGAUGGAUGUCUGUGGCAGGGCCUCUGCCACCAGCGCUGGGCCCCAGGUGGAGCGCCUGGGGCUCCCUGAGCCUUCCAAGGUCCUGCCUUUACCCACCUUCAUCAAACAGGAGGAGGGGGGCACCGUGUGCAUGGCCAACCCCAUCAGCAGCCCCCAGACCCCCCUCAGUGUCCUCUCCCCCGCCGCCUUUGUCCAGAACAUCAUCCGUAAAGUCAAGUCGGAGAUCGGUGAGGCGGGGACUUACUUCGACCAGCACUGGUCUGUGGAGCGGGGGCCCAUAGGCAUGGCAGGUGGCGUAGGGGGCGGCAGCUCUCGGCCCUUCACCUCAGUGUCUCCCUCCCUGUCUUCCUCCUCGUCUUCGGGCCCCUCGGCCCUGCCCCGGCCCUGGCCCCGGCUGGAGAACGGAGAGUGUCUGCCCAACAGUGAGGAGGCGUCUGCAGCCGAGGAGGACACUGGCUCGGGGAUGGUACGGUCUGUGGAAGUAAAAGUGGAGUCGGACGUGUCAGUGAGUGGGGAGUCACCCGGCCCUGGUCGUGGCCUGUCCUAUUACCCAUCAUACCUCCCCCGCACCCUGAAGCCCACCGUGCCGCCGCUGACGCCGGAGCAGUAUGAGAUGUACAUGUACCAUGAGGUGGACACUAUCGAACUCACCCGGCAGGUCAAAGAGAAGCUGGCGAAGAACGGUAUCUGUCAGAGGAUCUUUGGUGAAAAGGUGCUGGGUCUGUCUCAGGGCAGUGUGAGUGACAUGCUGUCUCGGCCCAAACCCUGGAGCAAGCUGACCCAGAAAGGCAGGGAACCCUUCAUCCGCAUGCAGCUGUGGCUGCUGGACCAGCUGGGCCAAGCACUCACCCAGCUUCCCAGCCAAAGCCUCUCUCGAGAUAAAAGCCCAGUGACGGCCCAGUCGUCGCCCUCCCCACCCCCCAGCCCAGAGGAGAACCACCCCAGCCCAUUGGUGGAGCCCGUCAGCCAUACCCUGGAGAGCAGCAAAGAGAACCAGCAGCCUGAUGGCCGUCCCUCCACCAGCCCCACACCCCCCCUGGGCAUCCAGGAGCUGGUGGCAAUGUCCCCAGAGCUGGACACAUACGCCAUCACCAAGAAGGUCAAGGAGGUGCUAACAGACAACAACCUAGGCCAGCGGCUGUUUGGGGAGAGUAUACUGGGCCUCACCCAGGGCUCAGUGUCAGACCUGCUCUCCAGGCCCAAGCCCUGGCACAAACUCAGCCUCAAAGGCAGGGAGCCUUUCGUCCGCAUGCAACUGUGGCUCAACGACCCACACAACGUGGACAAGCUGAGGGACAUGAAGAAGAUGGAGAAGAAAGCCUACCUGAAGAGGCGGUAUGGGCUGCUGAGUACCGGCUCAGACAGUGACUCUCCCAGUGCCCGCUCUGAGUGUGUGAGCCCAGCUCUGGCCUCAAUAGACCUGUGUCCCUACAGUCAGGUGAAGAAGCCCAGGGUGGUGCUGGGGGCUGAGGAGAAGGAGGCUCUGAGGAAGGCCUACCUCCUGGAGCCAUACCCCUCCCAGCACACCAUUGAGAUGCUGGCCUGCCAGCUCAACCUCAAAACCAAUACCGUCAUCAACUGGUUCCACAACUACAGGUCCAGGAUGCGACGGGAGGUCCUCAUGGAGGGUCUCCAGGACAACGACACAGACACAGAACACCACAGCUACUCUCCCUCGGCCAUACAGAGCCCCAUCUCAGACGGAGAUGAGAGGAGGCUGCUGCACCCCGCUGGACGCACCCCCCACCCCAUCCGCCCCCUCAGCGCCAACACACCACUGCCUCAUGUCAAACAGGAGGCCAGUGAGCGGGAGGACGAGGGAGAGGAGGAGGAGAGGAACGGCUACAUCAAACAGCCUAAGAUCCAGUGUUUCUCUAUGGGUGCCCAGUUCCCUCAGUUGAAAACGGAGCAUGAGGACCUGAUGGGUGGCUGCCGAGAGCUCCACCUGGCUCCACACUAUCCUCAGAGCAUGAGGCAGGAAGAGGGUAUGAGCAGCCAGGCUCAGGGGCUCUUCCAGGAGGCGCUCUGCCUAGAUGGUCCCCAGAGAACCAGCCAUUCCAGGCACGAGGUUGACGACUCCAGCAAGUCUCCCGUGGACCCGGUCAGAUUCAAGGCCUCGUCUGAGCCCUCCCGCAGCAGCCUGGAGGUCUCACUCAACUCCCCCUCCGCUGCCUCCUCGCCCGGCCUCAUGAUGUCCGUCUCCCCUGUCUCAUCUUCCUCUGCACCCAUCUCCCCAUCCCUGCCCAACCCACCCACGACAAGCACCAACCACAGCCUGGACCCUAACCCCAUGCCUCCCAUCCAGAGCCCCAAGCCCAACAGGAGCGUUCAGAGACGCACCGAGAAAAUUGCCAACCUCAACAACAUCAUCCACAGGCUGGAGAGAGCGGCUAACCGAGAGGAGACCCUGGAGUGGGAGUUUUAGGCCCCUCCCUUCCUCCACAUUUCCUCAGUCCUGCUGACUCACACCAGACAUGGGAGACUCUCAAAGAGAAGCUUCAGGAACACAUGAAGUGGAGCCUGGCUCCUGAAGGCCUGUCCUCCCUGUCCUCCCAUACUGAAUAAAUACCCUGUAGGAUACCAGGGGAAACCAGAGCUAAACUUACAGACAAAUUCCCUUAGAGGGCUUUUAGAAAAUUAAAAAUAUUUAUAAAUGUGUUUUAGUUUUUUUGAUAAUGGAUACUACUUUGAAAUAUAUGUAACAGCACUAGCUGUUGUUUUACCUAAUGGACUCUGACGUGAAGACUUUUGCAGCUAUGGUGUCAUGAAAUGUACACUGAAGUUGUGUAGAUUGCCACUGGGUGAGAUUAAAAAAGACUCUGUCUUAAGCCAUCAAAAGCACUAUAAUUAUAUAAAAAGAGACAAUGACCAAAUUUGCUAAUUUUUGAAUAGCAAUUUUUCCGAUUUUGUCUGUAAAACGGGACAGUUUAAGUCAAGUAACGUGAAAUUGUACUACUGACUAAGGGAUAGUCCUUUAAGACUCUAAAUAUUCAACAUCUCCUAUGUACUUAGUUUCUUGGUGAUAUGUUUUGAAACAUUUGUAACACAAAAGUAUAAAGUGUGGUUGUACAUGUUGUAGAAUUGUCUGCAAUAGCCUUCUGAACCAGAUGUAUCAUGGUAUUCAUCUGACCCUGUUAUCCUCUAUAGUUAGUCACCUGUGAUAUACUGGAGCAAAAAUUUGUGAAAAGAAAUCUGAAAAAUAAGAAAAAAAGGAAAUGUAAAAUCUAACGAGUAGAAUCUUUUUUUGUCGUUAUAUAAUCCUGGAGGUUUACAAUUUUGAACCCUUGUGCACUUGUCAGUAAGUGAAACUCACUACACAUGAGCACAGUUUACAUGAUUUAUUUCAGACUUACCUCUAUGAUCCUUUAACCUCUAUGAUCCUCCGACCGUUUGAAUAAAUUGAUUAAAAUAUGUUUGAAUUAUGUCUCAGACAGCAAUGGAACCUGAGAAUCUAUUAGUGAGGAGUCACAGGCAAAUAUUGACAUUAUUUAAUAGCACAUUGAGAACGCCUGCUCUUGGAUAACAAAAGACUUCAUCCUCCUUUUCUUGCUUGAUCCAUCGUCCUUCUGUCCUCUCACGGGCUCUCAUGCUGUUCCUCCUGCAGUCGUGUUUAUUGUGCCCUUCCAGAGAGGUAACGCAUUACUCCCUCAGUUGAAAUACACUACAUAACCAAAAGUAUGUGGACACCUGCUCAUAGAACAUCUCUUUCCAAAAUCAUGGGCAUUUAUAUGGAGUUGGUCUCCCUUUGCUGCUAUAACAGCAUCCACUCUUCUGGGAAGGCUUGCUUCCCAUUCAGCCAAAAGAGCAUGAGGUCGGGCACUGAUGUUGGGCGAUUAGGCCUGGCUCGCAGUCAGCGUUCCAAUUUAUCCCAAAGGUGUUCAAUGAGGUGGAGGUCAGAGCUCUGUGCAGGCCAGUCAA